GUCAAUUGCAAUUUUGGGUCCAAAUUACUCCGAAAUCCCAAUUCCUCAAAAGUCAUCACUUCACACGCCUUUCACUUUCCUCACAAAAUAGUAACAAACAACUGCAAGUCAAGCAUUCCAUUCAUUAUUAGUCGUGAGUCGUCGCUUGAAGCUUCAUAUCAACAUGGCCUUUUCCUCUUUGACCCGAUUAGCUCCAAUUUUCUCCUACACCCAUUGAAUCAUUCCGCUCUUAUCAUCAAUACAUGUUGAAGAAAGCUCCUCCUACUCAAGAUCUUGAAUUCUACUGUGUUUGUUUCUUGGGAACCGAGGUUUCCGAUUCCUAAACCCGCUGGUUUCUUUUACAAUGACAAUGGAAUGGAAUCGUGUAACAGUAAUCAGUGUGUGUCUCUACAUUCUUAUAUCCAUCACCUGCAGCAAUGCGGUUGAAAGUGACAUCAAUUGCUUAAAAUCUGUUAAAGCAUCACUCAGAGAUCCCGAAAACCUGUUAUCAUCAUGGGAUUUCAAUAACAGCACUGAAGGAUUCAUUUGCAGAUUCACAGGGAUAGAAUGUUGGCAUCCUGAUGAAAGCAAAGUCUUAAAUAUCCACCUUUCUGACAUGGGGUUGAUUGGUGGGUUCCCAGUUGGACUCAAGAACUGUACCUCAAUGACCGGAUUAGACCUCUCCAACAACCGCCUAAACGGGCCCCUCCCCACCAACAUGACAGAUGUCGUUCAUUUUCUCACAACUCUCGAUUUAUCAUCCAACAAUUUAUCGGGAGAAAUCCCGGUCAGCAUUUCAAACAUUUCAUUUCUUAAUGUCCUGAAACUCGAUAACAACCGGUUCACGGGUCGGAUCCCGUAUGAAUUGGGCGGGCUCAAUCGGAUUAAGGAGUUCAAUGUUGCAAACAAUCUUUUGUCGGGCCCGGUCCCUAAUUUUGGUGAGAAUAUUAAAGCCGACAGCUAUGCCGGAAAUCUUGAUUUAUGCGGGGGGCCUUUGCAGCGGUGUGAAGGAGAGCCGAGCAAAACGAGCACCGGUGUGAUCAUCGGAGCGGCGGUUGGCGGUGUCACACUGGCGGCGGUGUUGGUGGUUGUCAGUACGAUGUUCAUUAAGCGUAAGGUCAUUAGAAGGAAAGAAGAAGAUCCAGAUGGGAAUAAAUGGGCAAGAAGUAUCAAAGGAACAAAAACUAUUAAGCUUUCGAUGUUUGAAAACCCGGUGUCGAAGAUGAGACUGAGCGAUCUCAUGAAGGCAACAAACAGUUUUAGUAAAGACAACAUAAUCGGAUCGGGAAGAACGGGUUCUUUAUACAAAGCAACACUCGAAGAUGGAAGCUCAUUAAUGAUCAAAAGAUUACAAGACACGCAACAUUCCGAGAAAGAAUUCGCGUCAGAAAUGGCGACAAUUGGAAACCUUAAACACCGUAACCUCGUACCGCUUCUCGGGUUUUGUGUCGCGAAACAAGAACGGUUUUUAGUCUACAAAUACAUGGCAAACGGGAAUCUACACGAUAAGUUACAUCUUGUUGGGGAUGAUGAGAAACGUAUGGAAUGGCCGUUACGGUUAAAAAUUGCAAUCGGAGCCGCCAAAGGGUUCGCGUGGCUCCACCAUAACUGCAACCCGCGUAUCCUUCACCGGAACAUAAGUUCAAAAUGUAUCUUAUUAGACGGUGAAUUUGAGGCAAGAAUUUCCGAUUUUGGGUUGGCCAGACUGAUGAACCCGGUGGAUACCCACCUGAGUACUUUUGUGAAUGGAGAGUUUGGGGAUAUCGGGUACGUUGCACCCGAAUACGCCCGAACUCUCGUGGCCACCCCGAAGGGUGAUGUGUACAGCUUCGGGGUGGUGCUUCUUGAGUUGGUAACGGGUGAAAGACCGACACGUGUGUCUAAAGCUCCGGAAAGCUUUAAAGGAAGUUUAGUGGAAUGGAUUUCCGAAUUAUCGGCGGAAUCGAAACUUCAUGAUUCCAUUGAUGUGUCGUUGGCCGGAAAGGGAAUUGAUAACGAGGUUUUUCAGGUUCUUAAGGUUGCGUGUAAUUGUGUGUUGCCUGCGGUUCAUAAGGAGCGGCCUUCGAUGUUUGAAGUGUAUCAACUUUUACGGGCGAUUGGUGAACAUUACCAUUUCACUGCGGAUGAUGAGAUUUUGAUGCCGACCGAUGAUGCCAAUGCCGGUGAUAUCGAACUCAUUGUUUCUCGGGAUAUGAGAGGAAUGAAAUGACCAAAUGAGGUCGUGUAAGGUAUGGUAUCAGGACUACAACGACCCAGUCAAACAAAGGGGAACAAUGUGUUCCCCUUUGGUAGGGUCCGAGUACUCCUGAAAGAUUUUGUCAUAAUAGGUUGAGCAAAAUUCUCAUAUGCGCGUAUAUCAGGCAUUAAUGAUAAUGGUAGUGGCAUUAAUGGGAAUGGUAGGGGAGACAAAAAAAGAAAAAGCCGCAAGUAAAUUCAUCAAAUCUCUGAUAGAGCUGUAAUAAUUAAACCAUUGAGUUUUAAUACAUAGUAUCGUGUCGAACCAUAUAGUGAU